CGAACUUCGCCGCCCUUGCGCUAUCGCUGCCUCCCCUGCGCUUGAAGCCUUUGUAACCUUCCACUGACGCGAAAGAGUCACUCUCCCCACGCCUCUCUACGGCCGCACCAUGGCGGAACGACCCUCAACUCCCCCGCGGGCAAUGCGCUCGGCGGGCAAGCUGCCUCCAAAUCCUCUCACCCCAGAGCAAGUGCGGCGAAUGGAAGAAGCCCGUCUCAGAGCAAAAGCUGCAGCGCAACAAGCGCAAGCCUCAAAGCCUACACCCCCGCCUGUCGCAGGCACCAAACGCGCAUACUCAGUCAUAAAUUCCUCGAACACUCCCGCGACUGUGCGCAAUGCCAACGCAGCAUCGCCGGCGAAGCGCGACCAGAAUGGCUUCAUCCCGCCACCUGCGAACGACCUCAUAACACCGGCGAAGAACUUUGGGCGCUCGGAUUUUAUCGAAUACGACUUCAGCAAGAUGACCGACACUAAAGGUGGUUUCCUAAGCACCAACGACGAUCCGCACAACCGCGCAAUGUGGAACGGCAAGAAGGAGGAAGAAAAGCCGGCAAACAUGACCCUCGCCGAGUGGGAGCGCGAGCGCAUACGCAGAAAGCUCCGAGAAAACCGCGCCGGCAUCUACGAGCCCGGCCUCUCCAUCCUCAACCAGGCUGACGGCCGCGACGAAGAAGAAGACGCCCUGCUCAAAGCCGCAGAGGAAGACGGCGAGGAGUAUAAAGGCACCUACGGCGACGGCAAGCGCGACAUCAAGGGCAAGUGCCGCGAGUGCGGCUCCCUCGAGAUAGACCACAAGUGGCAGGACGCCUACCAUAUCGGCAUUUGCCACGCGUGCAAAGACAAGUUCCCUGACAAGUACAGCCUGCUCACCAAGACUGAGGCGAAAGAAGACUACCUGCUCACGGACCCCGAGCUCAAAGACGAGUCCAUCCUGCCCCAUCUCGAGCGCCCAAACCCGCACAAAUCCAACUGGCAGAACAUGCAGCUCUUCCUCCGCCUGCAGGUCGAGCACUACGCCUUCUCCGCCGCGAAAUGGGGCUCCCCCGCCGCGCUGGACGAGGAGUACGAGAAGCGGCAGAAAGCCACCAAGGAAAAGAAGGAAAAGAAGUUCAGCAAGAAGCUCAAGGAGCUGAAGAAGCGGACGCGCGUGGAGGCAUACAAGCGGUCGCGGAUGGGGGAGACUGAGGGUGCAGGCAUAGGUGCGUUUGGGCAGAAGAUCAACACGUUUGGGGACCAUGUGCAUGAGUGGGGGCGGAGUGUGUUGGACCACGAGACGGGUUUGAGUCGGAAGAGGUGCGAGGAAUGUGGGAUGGAGGUUGAGGAGUUGGAGUUUUAGAGAUGGCAAUGAUACCCAGUUUGAAUGUGCGAUCGGGUGUACCUG